AUGCUAAGGAGAAAUAUUCGAUUGAGGAAAGAAUAUUUAUACCUAAAAAAAGUUGAGGAUGAGAAAAAAAAGUACGCUGAAAAAAUUAAGAGUAUAAAAGAAAGUUAUGAUAAGAAUAAAAAGAUAAGAGGAGAUUUAAAAGAUGAAGAAAGUGAAUUAAGGAAAAAUAUGAACUUAUAUGAUGAGAAAUCAUUUGAUAGGAAAGUUGAUGAUGAAUAUUUUUUUUGUGGUCUUGAAAAUCCCCGAGUAUUAAUAACAACAUCAAGAAAUCCAUCAUCGACAUUAGAAAAUUUUGCAAAAGAAUUAAAAUUAAUUAUACCAAAUAGUGAAAAAAUAAAUAGAGGUAGCUAUUUUAUUAAAGAUAUUUUAAAUUUUGCAAGAAAAAAUAAUAUUACUGAUGUUAUUAUAUUACAUGAAUAUAAAGGAAUACCUAGAAAUUUAAUUAUUUGUCAUUUACCAUUUGGGCCAACAUUAUUUUGUACAAUAAAGGAUUGUAAAAUGAGAUGUGAAUUUAAUGAAAAAAUCGAUAAUAUAUCUUUAUGUACUCCACAUUUAAUUUUUCAUAAUUUCCAUUCAGAUCUAGGAAAGAGAAUUAUGAAUAUAUUUAAAUAUUUAUUUCCUCCUGUUACCAUGCGUACGAAUAAAAGAAAAAUGCCUAAACAUAAUUCUCAAAUUGUAAAAGAUAAUAAAUUAAAUAAAAAUAUAAAUAUUAAUACGAAUAACAACGAUACUAACCAAAUGGACCAAAUGGACCAAAUGAACAAAAUUAAAUUCGUAACACAUACUACACAAGAUGAUGAAGAUAAUAAUGAUCAUUUACAAAUAUAUUUUAAAAAUAAUGAAUAUUUAAAUUUACAAAAAUAUGAAAACAAUCGAGUUAUUGUUUUCUUUAACAAAAAUGAUAUUAUAUAUUUUAGACAUUAUAAUUGGGAAAAAAAUCAAACAAAUGAAAUAGUCCUCAAAGAAAUUGGACCUCGUUUUAGUUUUGUUGUAUAUAAAAUUAAUAAAGAAACUUUAGAUUCAUUAAAUGAAGAUUAUGAAUAUAUAUAUAGACCCUUUAUGAAUUCUAGAAAAGCGCUUCUUACAUAA